CGGCUGAGCCAGCACUGCCCUCGAGCUGGGACCCGCAGCAGCCCGGGCCCGAGCGGAGCCUCGCAGUCCCGCAGCGGAAGACAGGCCUGGACCAGAUCAAACUCUUGGGCACUUUUUUUUACAAAAGAAUUUUUAAAAAGUCAUUUUUUGUGGCAGAUGAAAUGGAAAUAAAACAAUCAUUGGGAUUACAACUGAAAGGGAAGAGGAUAAUAGCUUUGUAUCACUUAUUGCAAUGAAAUCUUUAUAAAAAUUCAAUCAGUUGACAUGCGCCCAACGGGGAAUAUGGAGCUUGGCUUUUCCCGUUCAGCUGUCCAGACACUGUCAAGAAGCCAUUGCAAGAACAUCAAACAAAAGAUCUCUCAGUGGGAAGGAAGGACUAAUGGUGGAUCUAAUCCAGAACACCGGCAACUGAAAGACUUUGGAGUGAAAUAUAAUUGUAAUAAUGAUGUUUUUCCUAAGACAACGGCUGCUUACAAAAGUAAAAAGCUGGCUCCUAUUAACUCUCCAAAUCUGGGACUGGAUCUGAGGGAAGAAGAGGUCAAAAGCUGUGAUCAAAGUGAAGAUGAAAAUGAGAGGCAUGAAUAUGAUUCAAGUUUAUUUAACAAUGAAGCAGAAACCAACAUAGUAUGUUCUCAGGUCAAACAAAUUGAAAACUGGAAAGAUGAUGUUUUGAAUCCAGAGAAUACAUUGCCUCCUGGAAACUUUUAUACCUCAAGAGUAUUAUGGAAGAAAAUGGAAGCACUUCCUCCAGAUAAAGUCUUGAAUUUGUCCUUAGCAAGCUGUGGCUCUCCAGCAAAAGAACUGAAUUUCAGAGUUCUGGAUAGGCCAAAUGGAAUAGCCAAGAGUUUAGAAAAUGUUUACUCUGAUCCUGAGGGACAAGAAGCUGGACCUUCUAUAAACCCUUUGCCAAAGCCUCGUAGGACAUUCAGAUAUUUAUCUGAAUCAGAUGGUAUGCCACUUAAAGAGAGUAACUGUAGACGAGAGUACUGUGAAAAGCAGCCACUGGAUAAAUUGUUUGUAGAGCCCCCUCUCCCCCCUGCUCCAGGUCUUGAAACAAAGAAAUAUGGUGGAAAAAUUAGAAGGAGAUCUAAAAGGAAAUCCUUUGAGUUUGAAGAUAUCCAGCACUUUCGGAAUCGGAACUCACCCAAGAUCCAUGAAGAACUUGGAGAAAAUUCUGGAUCAGCACUUUAUUAUACACAGUCAGAAGACAAUAUCUAUGAAGAUAUCAUAUAUCCUGCCAAGGAGAAUCCAUAUGAGGAUAUCAAAGUAACACCUCUACCCGUGUGGAGGGCUCCCUCAACAUGGAAAUUGCCACCCUCUAAACAUACUUUUAAGCCACCCAAGCUUCCUCCCAAACCUCCAUUCCUCCAUCGUAAGACUAUGGAACUGAAGAAUUCACAAGCAUAUUUACGUUCAAAGCUCACAAAGGACACGACUUUGCCUGUCACUUUAACAGAGUGGAAAGUAUUCCGAGCUGGAGAAGUUGCAAACAGGAAAAAAAAAAACCUCCCAAGGCUUGUGUUGAAAAUACAGGAUAUUUUUGAUUCUAAGAGAGGAAAGAAGAGAGUAAAAUUGCAUCCUUGUACUGGGAAGGAAACACCCCCUGCUAAAGGUGAAGCCAGCGGAAACGAAAGUGAUGCUGAAUAUCUGCCAAAGAAUCGUCAUAAGCGAAUAGCGCAGCUACAACAGUCAUCCAAAAGGAAUCCUCACUACCAGACUCUGGAACGGGAUCUCAUUGAGCUUCAGGAACAACAGUUAUUUGAACUAUUUGUCGUGGUGUCUCUGCAGAAGAAACCACUGGAAGUCACAUAUACUCCUCAAGUCAUACAACAGUUCCCCAGCAAGGGUGAACAUCCCUUCAAGCAAUCCAAAGACACUGAGGAGAGGCUCAAAGUCAUCCCCAGCUUCUGUUUCCCUGAUUCUAAGGACUGGGUACCUACAUCAGAACUGAAGAGUGAAACUUUCUCCUUUGUGCUGACGGGCGAAGAUGGGAGCCGGUGGUUUGGUUACUGCAAGAAGCUCUUGCCAGAAGGCAAAGGAAAGAGACUGCCUGAAGUAUACUGCAUGGUUAGUCGGUUGGGCUGCUUCAACCUCUUUUCAAAGAUUCUGGAUGAAGUGGAGAAGAGGAGAGAGAUGUCUCCAGCACUUGUACAUCCUUUCAUGCGAAGUGUCAUGGAAGCACCUUUCCCUGCUCCUGGACGUACCAUCACUGUCAAGAGCUACCUUCCGGGAGCUGGAGAUGGGUCAAUUGAACUCUGCCGACCACUGGAUUCUCGGCUUGAACAUGUGGAUUUUGAGUGUCUAUUUAAAUGUCUAAGUGUAUGUCAACUCAUCCGAGUCUGUGCCUCACUCCUUUUGGAACGAAGGGUUAUAUUUGUUGCUAACAAUUUGAGCACUUUAUCUAAAUGUGGCCAUGCUGUGGUAGCCACACUGUAUCCCUUCACCUGGCAGCAUACCUACAUCCCAGUCUUGCCAGCCUCCAUGAUUGACAUUGUGUGUUCACCCACUCCAUUUCUUAUCGGCAUCCUGUCCUGCUCCUUACCAUUGCUCCAGGAUCUGCCCAUUGAGGAGGUGCUGAUUGUUGAUCUCUGUGCAGACAAGUUCUUACAGGAGGUCUCUGAUGAAGAUGAAAUUCUACCACCAAAACUCCAGGCUGCCCUGGUGCAGAUUUUAGAAGAACGAAAUGAAAUCUUGGCUCAAGAACAAAGUUCUCCACAAGUAGAUGUGACACUCAACACCCUGGUAUCUGAAGCUUUUGUCAGAUUCUUUGUGGAGCUGGUGGGACAUUAUUCUCUGAACAUGACUGUGACCGAACGUGGAGAGCGUGUAUUCCAGAGGGAGCCAUUCCGCAAGUCUCAUACCUCCCGGAGUGUGCGUCACUUCCUGGAUCUGUUCAUGGAGACACAAAUGUUUGCUGGUUUCAUCCAGGACAGGGAGCUUCGAAAGAGUGGGGUCAAAGGACUGUUUGAAGUCCGGGCCAUUCAGUACUUGGAAGCUAUUCCAGAGUCUGAACCCAGUGGGGUGAACAAGAUUCUUCGAAGUCUUGGAAAUAAAAUGAAAUUUCUGCAGAAGAAAUAAAAACCUGAAUUUUCAUACCUGAAAUGGAACAGGAAAUGUCGUCCAGGUCCAGGUGCC